AUGUCAAACGUGCAUUUCAAAACAAACAAUGUGCAUUUUCGCAUUUUCAUAUUCAGCGGCAUUUAUUACUUGAAAAAUGACUGAACUAACAACGUUAGCUACCCUAACAUGUAAACAGCAAGUUGUUCGCGCUGUCCGUUUCAACGUGGACGGCUCAUACUGCCUAACAUGUGGCGCAGACAAGAAAAUCAAACUCUGGAACCCUCAUCGUCAGAUAUUACUGAAAACCUACGGAGGACAUGCCAACGAGGUGUUGGAUGCCGCUGGCUCCUGUGAUAGCAGUCAAAUCAUAUCCUGCAGUGCUGAUAAAUCCGUAAUUCUAUGGGAUGUGACGACAGGACAGCCUCUGCGACGAUACCGCGGCCACGCAAGCUCAGUAACUUGCAUAAAAUACAAUGAAGAAUCAACAAUGGCGGUUUCAGGCUCAAUAGACAAUACCGUUUGUUUCUGGGACGUGAUCAGCCGUAGACAAGAGCCGGUACAAGUUUUAAAAGAUGCUAAGGACACUAUUACUUCCAUACAGGUUACCGACCAUGAAGUUUUGACUACAUCUGUUGACUGUCACGUAAGAUUGUAUGAUAUUCGAAUGGGAAAAAUGGUAUCUGACUACAUAGGCCAUAUUGUAACUUAUGGAAGCCUAACUAGAGAUGGACAAUGCUAUAUUCUAAGCUGUGCAGACAGUACAAUCAAAUUAUUUGACAAGGAGUCCGGGGAGAUACUAAAUACAUUUACUGGUCAUGAAAGUAAAGACUUUUUGCUUGAAAAUGCUGUGAAUGAAAAAGAUAGUCAUAUUAUUUGUGGUUCUGCUACUGGCGAAGUGUUUUAUUAUGAUUUAAUAAGUAGCGCGUGUACACAGAAAUUAGUACAUAGUGUAAAUAAAAAGCCGGUGGUGUCUUUAAGUCAUCAUCCCACUGAUAACUGUCUCAUAACAGCUUGUGAAGAUGAAAUUAAACUAUGGGGUGUACAAGCUAUGGAAGAAUAAAUUUGAAAAAAAAAUGCAUUUUUAUUGUUCAUAUUACCGACUGAUCUCUGUGAGAUUAUCUUGACAGUGUUACUUUUACACAAAUACAUAUAUAAUUUAAGUCGUCAAACAAAUGUAGUGCAAAUAAACUACUGCUUAAAAUAAUCAUUAAGUUUUUUUUUGUCUUUAUAUUUUAAACUAGCUUCUGCUAGUGGUUUCAUCUGCAUCCCAUAAGAACUUCUACACAAACCCGGAUAAAAAAAUUACUUAUUGCCUUCCUUGAUAAAUGAGCUAUCUUACACUGA